UGCUUUCGGUUGAUCGAUGAAAGUGGCAGCGUUGUUUGAAGUGCAACAUGGAACGUUAUUUGCGGUUUUAUAUCAAAUUUCAUGGCUACGUUAUGGCUAUAUCGACCAUUUUGGGUACGAUUCUGAUGACAAUAGUGUGCUUCACUGGUAGUGAGAUGUUCUAUCCACUGGAACAAUUUUAUGAGUAUCGGUUCAUGGGCAGUGGAGCGCUCCUUUUCGGAAUCCUGUGGUUGUUCGUUGGAAUUGCACUGUUCUACGGAAUCUAUAAGGAAGUGAAAAAAUGGAUUUACCCUUUCGCAGUCGCUUUCAUGGUGGACCUAUUUCUACUGUUUGUUCGUGACAUUUUCCUGAUUUGGUACAACUCCCAAUGGUAUCAAACCGUGCUUCUAAAUCCGCUGUCAGCACUGGUAGCUUUAUAUGUUGUCUUACACAUCAUGCUGACCCUUGUUGCGCUCGGUAAGCUGUUCGAUCACGAUCCGGUGGAACCAACCGGGAUGAACUUUGUUCGGUUCAAAAGCGACGAUCGACCAUCGGCUUCGGGCGAGGAAGAUGUCGUGUCCCUUGUGGUGGGAUAAACUACAACUACGACUCAGAGUGACUAGGAAUGCAACUCCUCGAGAGGUGUGAUAACCAAACCAAACUAAACGGAAGUGAUGAAGGAAGCCUUAUCAGUUGAAUAAUAAUCUACAUUUAGCAUCUUUGAAAGUUACUCCUGAAGCAGUGCUUGCUCCAAAGAUAUUACUUCAUUAAGUUAGUUUUAUUAAUAAACGAAUUCAAGAUUAACAUAGUGAGAUUGGAACAAUGCCUUUUCCAUUAUCAUUUAGUGUUGCAGCAAAGCGUAAACUGUCGU